AUGGCGACUAUUGAAGUAGCGUCACCGCUAGACGCCACGGACAACGCGGUGCCGCCGCUGCCGCCGCUAGCGUUCCUGCCGCCGCCGCUCCUGCCGCCGCUGCCGCGCGCGCCGCCGCCGCUGCUGCCGCCGCUGCCGCGCCCGCCGCCGCUGGGCCGGCUGCCCUCACCACACCCGCCGAGAUACGGCGACAGGCGUUACUCGCCCGACAGUAGAUACUCGCCAGAGAGCAGAUACUCGCCCGAGACAGUGCGCUACUCGCCCGACAGCCGCUACUCGCCGCGCUCGAGGCGCUCGCCCUACUCGCCGCGCUCGCGGAGACGCUCCAGCAGAGACAGGUACUCGGACGGGCGCGGGUCGCGGUCGCGCAACGGGCCGGCCGACACGGAGACGGAGUACAACUCCGACAGUCCCACGCGCGAGCCGCGCCGCCGCCGCCGUUACUCCAGGCAUGAUGGUCCAAGCUCAGGGUCGGGAUGCUCAUCGGAAUCGGAUAAAUGAGAAUCAUAGUGUUCGUUAGGUUACUGUAAUGAUCUAAUAUUGUUGAGGCCAAAACUAAACUCGCUGGCGGGCGAUUAGCUGGUAACGAGACGUUAACAAUCACAACGGAAUUGGUAACAGUAGACGACUGCUUUAAAACACUGUUAUUAUAAAUAGAAGCACUAGAAACAAAUUAAGCAGAGCAGAGAAAUAUGUAAGCUGCAGCUCAGAAAUAAAUGAAUUA